UUGGUAAAUGGUGUGUUUCCCAUUCUUGCGUCGCCGAGGCGUGCCUGCUGCGCUGGAGGCCGUGGACGGGGCGCGUGAAGGCGUGUAGGCGGGUAUAAAGGAUCAACUAUGUGCAUCCGUGUUCAGACCUGAAGCAGCGCUUUCCCUCUACAGCAGCAACUCGUCGUGGCCUCGAUGGCCUUCUCCACCGACACUCUGGCACAGGGAGCCUUUGGGAAGGUGUACAAGCAGAAGUACAACGACACCUGGGCUGCAAUAAAGAAGGUUCCCCAACACCUCAUCAACGGGAAGGACCUGGAGAGAGAGUGUGAGGUGUACAAAAAAGCAAAACAUCCCAACAUAGUGAAGCUUCUGGGCAAGGUAGAUCUCAAAGACGGGAAAUGGAUCAUUCCUCUGGAGUUUAUCUUCGGGGAGGACUUAGAGACCACCAUCUUCAAAGCAUCAAGAUCUAAAAUACAGCUGUCUCCAUCUAUCAGAGGAACCAUCAUCCUCGGCAUGUGUGAAGGGCUGCUUCACCUCCACUCCAGAGAUAUUGUCCAUCAAGACCUCAAGCCUGACAACAUCAUGGUGGAGCACGGUACAAACAGAGCCGUCAUCAUUGACCUUGGACUGGCAAAGUUCUUCAAAUUUGGCCUCAACUCUGCCAUGGACAUGGGGAACCCGGCCUACUCGGCCCCCGAGGUGCUGCGGAGGGCCACCCAGAGGGACCAGCGCUCAGACGUGUGGGCCAUGGGGAAGAUCAUCGCGGAGCUCUGCGCCCGCAUCCGACUUCACACGCCCAGCGUCUGCCCCGCCAAGAUCAAGGAGGUCAUGGGGGAUCAGCCGUACUGCAAUGCCGUGUGUAGGAUGGUGGACCCCAACCCGUCUCUGAGGGCUUCCGUUGGCGGGGUCAUGCACGAGAUUCGAAAGGCUGCAGGCGCAACCGCGGCCACGAAUACGGAGGUUCAGAAGGACCACCUCAAGCCACCUCAAGUUGAUGUCAAAAUCCCGUCCCCGGCGGACCAAGGUGCACCUCAAGUGAAAAGAGAUCUAUCGCCAAUGAACAGAGGAGCGCUACCAUUCAACAGAGACCCAUCACCUAUGAACAGAGGUCUGCCACCAUUCAACAGAGACCCAUCACCUAUGAACAGAGGUCUGCCACCAUUCAACAGAGACCCAUCACCUAUGAACAGAGGUCUGCCACAAUUUAACAGAGACCCAACACCACACAAGUAUCCACCACUUCCAAAAUGGGAACCCACCCCCAAACCACAGUUUAAGGCUCUGCGGCCUGAAGGCGCCAUGCACCUCCCUCCUUUCCCACAGAGGGGCGGGGACAAGAACCAACAAACGGCUUUGGUCCCGGCCGGCGAAUCCGAGCUGACCCGAGACUUCCAGAGGAGGAUUCUGUACCAAGAGGCCGCCAUGGAUCUGCCCUGCAACCUGCCGAACACGGGCCGGGUGGUGAUGCGGUGCUUUGAGGAGAAGGACGGGGAGUUUGAAAGGUGGGAGCAGAAGGAGGUGGUGACUCGCGACGGGAAGAUAGUGAAGUUCAACGACGUCAAGUUUAAUAACAAGUAGAUGCUCAGAAAGGAGGAUUGGUUUAAUAGUUAGUUUAGGGUCAACUAACAUCUGGAAUCUUCUUAAAAGAACAUGUGAAAUUCAAAAGAGCAAACUGAUAUUAAGUUACAGUGCGCAUCUUGGAAAUCUUUCGGGCAUUGUGUUCAUCCAUGUUAGGAAUUUGAUUGAUGGCUUGUUUACUUCAUCAUUUCUUAGCAUCUGAAUGCACGGGACUGUGAACUUUGCUCUAAUGUGACAUGUGCAUGUUUUUUUUUAAAAAUAUAUUCUGAAGUAUAAUUUUGUUUCUUCAGAAUGCUUUGUGCUUGUAAUUAUUGUCAUUACGUCAGCUGUCCACAGUGUCGAGGGCCAUGUUGAUGCUGGGAAGGGAUUAGGGGUCUUAUUUGGUCACCUCGUUGAAGGGCCUGGAAUCCACACAAAAAGAAUCAUUCUGCUUUUUGGGAACCAUGACGACCAGGGAGGCCCAGGAGCUGGUGGAAGGCUCAAUGAUCCCAGCUCGCUGCAUCUCUUGCAGGGUUGUAUCCACUGCGGCCUGCCUGGUCUUACUCUCGUCUCAUGUUUUUAUGUCAUGCUGAAUGAAAUAUGUGGGACCCAAAUCUCUCAUGGUGACAACACUGCGUAAGAACUUUCAGAACAGGGUUGAUUUUUAAUUAAGUCAUCCUAUCAUAUUUUUCACUUCUGCGAUUGGACGUAAUCAGGACCAGAGAUUUAUGGCUGUGGUCAUGUCUAAUUAUAGGCUCCAUUUACCUCAGAAGUCAAAUCAAAUCAAAACUUGUAAUGAAGUCACACACACGCAUACAAUAAAUGUAUUAAUAGUUAAUAGUGUGUGAAAAUACAAUCAAUACAAACAAUGUCUCAAAAUUCUUGUUGGACUUGUUAUUGAGCGAACUUAUUGGGUUGAAUAAAAAAAAUCUCUUGUGACAAGUGUGGUGGAGGUUUUUGCCUCAUUAAAUAAGUCAAAUAUGUCUUUUUCCGUUUAUUUCCUUGCAAGGGAAGGUCACAGCAGCUACGUGUUCAGUAGACUGGCAAGAACCUUCCCCCUUCAUCAGGGCCAGGCCCAUCUUAUACCUCAGUUCAGUUACAGGUGGCAUCAACAGACAACUUGCUUAGA